AUGGAGAGAUGCAAGAGACAUUCCGGAAGGAAAUCAGCUAAAACAUCAGUUAGUUCUAGUGAAAAUCGUGGUCGGAUAGAUCCAAGCUUCAAGUCGAAGAGAUAUCGAGAUAAAUUGCGAUAUGAGAUCAAAUCUCUUGAAGCUCUCAUACCAAUCGACAGAACUUCACUAAAUCGUAAACUGGACAGUCAAACUGUGUUCAGAUUGAUAUUAUCUUAUUUUAGAACCAAACAAUUCUUUCAAGCUUCCGGUGUAGACAAAAUUCCCCUAGAACAUCAAAUUCAAGAUGGAGAACAACCAGAUGAAAAACAAUUAGUGCAGGGUCUCGAUGGGUUUGUUAUCCUAUUAUCAUCUGAUGGUAUUAUAUUAUAUGUAUCGGAAAAUGUUCUACAUUAUAUUGGCUUCAACCAGGUAGAUUUAUUACACAGAUGUAUAUAUGGUAUAGUUCAUCCUGAUGACCAUAAUGAUUUACAGUGUAACUUGGAACAAACUCUAUCACCAGUUUUAAUAUCGGAUUUCUCCAUCCUUACCAAUCCAGAGGAAACCGAAGUAUGCAAACCGCUGUCCUUUAUUUGUCGUAUGAAAUAUUUUAAUGGUAGCUCAGCAGGUUAUCUGAAAAUGCAUUGCUCUGGUAAAAUAGUUCAUCAGCCUGGUGUUCAGACCAAUAACCGUUCGUCUAAUCAGAUGGUGUUUUUAUUUGUACACCCUUUUAUGUACAACCAUGUGGAGUUGCUGUGUCAGGAACGGAAAGAGAAGACGUUUUGGAGUAAACAUGAAAUGGAUUUGAAGAUUAUCGAGAUGGACCAGAAGGUAAAGGAUGUUCUAGGUCUUGAAGAUUCUGAGUUCAAAAAUCAAUCAUUUUACAACUUAAUCCACCCUGAAGAUCUGUCAACUUUCUCCACUUGCCAUAAACUGUUAACAGAAUCCACACAAGUACAAACAAUAUACUUUCGGUUGGAGUCGAAAGAUAAACGAUGGAAAUGGUUCCAAAGUAGAGGAAAGGUUCUGUCAAAGAAUUCAAAGAAAUUUUCAAUCGUCUUUUCACAUUGUCCAUUGAGUGAAGACGAUAGCACGUUUAUUCAACAGGAGGCGAGAAUACGACAUAAAUAUGGCAUUACAGAUUUACCACAAAAGAUGGUUUCAGCCGAGAGUAGAGCGCCUUGGACACCCGAUAAAGAGCAUGGAGUCAGGGAUCACCCCUUUGCAUCGUUGACAAGGUAUUCACAACCACAACCAGAUGACCUUCUCUUAUCAUUACAAUCUGUCAACUGUCCAUCAAGUUGGCACAUGCUCAGUGAUCGACAUUCACCUGUACUUCCAUCCAACCAUGUAGCUCAUAAAAUAAUGCAACAAGAAAAGCAGCGACAGUUUCUUGAAUUUAAACGCCAACAAACUGAAAACAUUUUGGUCAACAAUCUUGGUAAUAUGGGUUGGAAUUCAUAUGAGUAUGGUCUUUCCUUGCCGCAUUUUUCGGACCAUUAUUCACAAGCUGAUUCAUCGCCAUUCACGUCAUAUUCGGAGGCUCCGGUGUCCGGUAUACCAUCAACAUUACUUUUUGUUCCUAGUCCAGGAAUUCAACAAUUGCCUACCAACUCCCAUCAGAUCUCCACAAAUAUACAGACCACCCAGAAUGUCAUCAUGCCAGCAAAUUCUGCAAAUAUUUGGCCUGAUAAUUUGCAAACAAGUGUAUUUGUCCCGUCACAUAAUACGAGUUAUGUCCCUUUGUACCCUAUUUCAAGCUAUGUGUGGCCGGUUAAUCUGCAUCAUUAUGAUUCUAAACAAAUUUUAUGUGGAAGUACCACAAUAUCUCAAGAGAUAAAAACAAGUCCAUGUGUUACAUCAACAGCAGAGUUGCCUCCCUCUGAUGGUCAAGAUCCAGAUAUUGAUGGUGUUGCUCAUAUGAAAAUUGUUGAAUCCGUUCCACCACCCGAAACCCCCCGACAGGUGGACUUACCAUCUAUCGGGAGCUUUCUGGAGUACCUCAAUGAGGUCUGA